AUGCGUGGCCGCCAAUUGCCGCUGAGUUCUGCACGGGAGCCUCUGGACAUGGACAGAAGCACGCUCCUUCAGAGAUUGAUUUGCUUAGGAGAUGCCAAUGUGGAGAUUGUGGAGCAAAGCAAUCACUAUUGCAGCUAUUCUUCUAUGGCAGCAUACCAGCUGGUGUCCUCAUGCAAGCGUCGCCGGUGGAUUUUUGACCCAUGCCAACAGUCUUGGUCCGCUGAGUUUUCGAUCAUGUGCUACCCAAACUUGAUCUAUCAUUCACCCGACCGCACCAGAAGCGCUUCGUGGGCGUGCGCCCGGAGCUAA